UUACGAAAUCGGAUAUAUAUGGAACCUUUUGCGAUGCUAAUAAGUUCGAGCACGGUCUGCACAAGUAACAACACUUGCGUCUGCGCAAAAGGCCUUGAAGGAAACCCCUACGUCGUUGGUGGAUGUCAAGAUACUGAUGAAUGCAAAUAUCGGUCUGGGUCGAUUAAAUGCCUAUCACGGGCUAAUGUGGCCAUUAUAGUUAUCAGCUGCAUUGUUGGCCUACUGUUUAUACACAUUGGAGCAUGGUGGUCGCACAAAGUCAUAAUGAAAAGGAAAGACAUCAACCGCAAGCAGAAGUUUUUUCAACAAAAUGGCGGUUUCUUGUUGGAGCAGCAACUAUCUUCCGGUGAAGCUAACGUUGAUAAAGUUAAAUUGUUCAGUGCAGAGGAGUUGGAAAAAGCCACGGACCUUUUCAGUGCAGAGAGAAUUCUUGGUCAGGGAGGCCAAGGUACCGUAUACAAAGGAAUGUUAGCAAAUGGGAGAAUCGUUGCUGUCAAGAAGUCGAAAAGUGUAGUUAGUGGAGACGAAGUGAGACAAUUCAUCAAUGAAAUUGUCAUUCUGUCACAAGUUAUUCAAAAGAAUGUGGUUAAAUUAAUGGGCUGCUGUUUGGAGACCGAAGUACCCCUUUUGGUUUACGAGUUUAUACAGAAUGGAACACUCUCUCAUUAUAUUCAGCACCAGAAUGAGGAGUUUCCUCUUACAUGGGAGAUGCGGUUACGAGUUGCAACCGAAGUUGCAGGAGCACUAUCAUACUUACACUCGGCAGUUUCCCGUCCUAUUUACCACCGAGACAUCAAGUCUUCGAACAUACUGUUGGAUGAUAAAUACAGAGCCAAAGUGGCAGACUUUGGGACAUCAAGAUCUGUCGCCAUUGACAAAACACACCUUACCAUGACACAGGUAAAUGGAACAUUCGGUUAUUUGGACCCGGAGUACUUUCAGACUAGCCAAUUUACGGACAAGAGUGACGUUUAUAGCUAUGGAGUGGUCCUUGUUGAGCUAUUGACAGGAAGAAAACCAAUUUUUAAGACAGAGUCACAAGAACCCAUGAGCCUAUCACAUUAUUUUCUUCUUUCCAUGGACGAGAAUCGUUUGUUCGAUAUUCUUGAUGCCCGAGUUGUGAAAGAUGCCAGGAAGGAAGAGAUCAUGGUAGUUGCUAAUCUUGCAAAAAGUUGCUUGAAUUUGAAUGGAAAAAAGCGUCCUACUAUGAAAGAAGUAGAAGCGGAGCUGCAGGGAAUUCAUUUAUCAUUGAAAAAUUUUGACGUCCAACAAAAUUUUGACGUUGAUCAUGUCCAAACUCGAAUGAACGAGGUUUGGGAUGUUGAUUCGGCAUCGACCCAUGAACCUAGCACAUCAUUUUCUUCACCAUUUGAUGUGGAACCGCUUUUGUUUAUCAGGACAGAGUGAAAAAUAAAUGUUGUUUUUAUUGCGAUCUGUGUGCAUUAGAUGUAGGGUUAGUUUAAGAUUGUUGUGCUAUUUACAAAUCUCCCUAGCAUUACCCUUAAAAAAAAAAAGUUUCUGUUGUGCUUUGAGAAUAGUCAUUUGUAAAAUAAAACAGUUGAGGAUUUGAUAAACUUUA